UGUACUGUAUUCGUAAUGAGUGCAUACAUCUAUUGAUUUUAUAACUUUUUUCUCUAGCUACCAAUUUGACGUAAAAUUGGACGUAAUUCGAUGGUCUCAAGGUCAUAUACCUAACCUAUUCUAUCUGAUUACUUCUACGUUAUAGUAAUUUAAUGAUCCUUAUUAUUAAGAAACAUGGAGAAUUAUGCAUCAAAACUUGUGCCUUCCUCCAAAGAAACUGCCAGAGCAGCUUGUAAAAAGUGUGGAUAUGCUGGCCAUUUAACAUACCAGUGUAGAAAUUUUUUGAAAGUCGACCCAAAUAAGGAAAUUCAUUUAGAUGUAAGUAGCACCAGCAGCGAAUCAGAGGAAGAAUAUACCACACCUUUAACAGAACUACGAAGGGAAGAAUUACUUCAAAAAUUGAGGAAACUCAAAAAGCAAAGAAAAAAAUCCAAGAAGAAACAUAAGAAAAAACGAAAGUCAACUAAGGAGAGUAGUGAUAGUGAGGAUAGUAGUGACAGUGAGGAUGAUAAGAAGAAUUCCAAGAAGAGAAUACAUAAGAAAAAAUCUUCUCGGAAAGAUACUUCAUCGUCUGACUCAGACAGUAGUGGCCACCGACAUAGAAACAAGAGAAAACGGGGAGACAAGAGUCAUAGACGAAGUUAAUUCUAAUAUAUUUUAUUGGAAUCAUUGUGAUAAACAUUGAGUGUUUCUACAUAUCAAAGAAUUUGUAUUCAACUUCUUCUACUUAUAAGAUUGAUGUAAGUUUGAUAAAAAUCGAAUUUAAAUAAAAGAUUCAAGUAUUUAAAA